AUGCACGCUCUGCAGAAACUUCUGUUCUUCCAUGUCUUCACAUGUCUCAGACAAGCUGGACAUGGGAGUUACAUCAUAAAGGGUAAAAAAGCUCCAGAGAACUCAUUGCUCUACAUGGCCUCAGUGCAGAGCAGCACCGGUCAUGUAUGUGGAGGAUUUCUCAUCACUGCAGACUUUGUGCUCACUGCUGCACACUGCGCCAAAGACAAUCCCACGCACGUUGUUCUCGCCACUCACAAUCUCAAGAAGUCCCAUCAAGAAAAAAUAACAAUUAAAAAGAAAUUCAAGCCCAACUUUUAUCAAACGGCUUGGCACGGUGAUGACAUCAUGCUCCUUAAACUUUCCAGGAAAGUUCAACUAAACAAGAGAGUAAAAAUAAUCCCACUGCCAUCUGCUAAAGUACAACUAAGAAAAAAUGAAGUGUGUCAGGUGUCUGGAUGGGGAAAAACUAUAACUGCUGGUGAAACUGUUAAUGAGCUGAGAGUGGUGGAUGUGCCUGUCAUCAACAUAAGGGUGUGUAAGGAACUGUGGCCUGGUCUUCCUGCUAAUGUAAUCUGCGCAGGUGGUUAUGGCACAGACAAAGGGUUCUGUCAGGGUGAUUCAGGCGGCCCGCUGGUGUGCAAAGGAAUCGCUGUUGGUGUCGUUUCCUUCAACAAAAACAGAAACUGUGACUAUCCUGAUGUACCCAACGUUUUUACAGACAUCUCAAAAUACCGCCUGUGGAUCAAAUCAAUUCUAAAAAACCCAAAUAGUGAUAAACAAAACCCAUAA